CAUGUUCAGGAAAAGUUUCAGCCACAGCUCGAAAUUAUGGGGAUCAGCCAAAAAGUUUAUGACUGCUAAUACAAGGGCGUUUGGGUUCUAUUCUAAACCAAAAGGUUUUCCAAGCUCUAAACUAAAUUACCUCAAGUAUCUUGCACCAUUUGCUUUAAUGGCAGGAGCUGUCUAUGGAACUUCAGAGGGGAAAUUAGGCAAGACUUUUGCUAGACUUGCCUCUGGAGUAAUUCCAGUCCAUAAAGAAGUCAAGGCUGAAUGUGGUCCUACCCAGCAACCUGAUUUAAUGAAAUCAAGGGUGAAUAUAAUCCAACUCCCUGCUAACCAUCCUUGUGAGGAUAGAUUCGAUGCUCAUCAAUUGAGACAUUCAAAAGGAUAUUCAGUAGCAGUUUAUGAUGGACAUGGUGGAUGGCAAAUCUCAGAAUAUGCUAUGGCCAACCUGACCAACUAUUUAGACAAACACCUUGAGAAAGCUACAACAGAUGAGCAAAUUAAAGAAGCUAUAACUAAGGCUUAUGAUCAGGUAGAGCAAGAAUGAUUUGAAAGAUGUAAAGGAGCCUUUGAAAUGGGAUUCCCUAAAGCAGCUUAUGUUGGAGCUUGCGCUCUGGUUAGUGUUAUCAAAGGAAAUAAGCUUUAUGUUGCCCAAGCAGGAGAUUCCGAAGCAGUCUUGAUUAGAAGAAAAGAAGGGGGAGAGUUCGAAUCUAUUAAAGUUUGUAAAGCUUACACUUGCAAUGACCCUGAUGAACAGAAGAGGCUUAAAGCUGAAUUUCCUAAAGAACCAAGUAUUGUUAAAUGUCGUUCCCCAACUGCUUGCUAUGUCAAAGGAUCUCUUAUGCCUUCCAGAGCUUUAGGAGAUUUCAGAUUAAAACACAAAGAGCUGAAUUUUCAUAAUAAAUCUCCUGAAUAUGGAUACAGACAACCAUUUAGAGUUCAUGAUGGACCAUAUAUCACUCAUAAGCCUGAUAUCAGAGCUUUUGAUUUGACAAAGGAUGAUGCUUUCUUAAUCCUCGCAUCAGAUGGACUUUGGGAUGAAAUGAAGGUUGAAGAAGUCCCAGAGGUCAUCAAAGGCAAAAAUCACCAGAAAGAAGUAGGAGAGAUCCUUCUUAACGAAUGCUUGAACAGAGUAUCUCAAGAGAGAGGAUAUUCAAGGGAUUACAUUUCUCAUCUUAGAGCAGGUCCUGAAAGGAGAAAUGUUGUUGACGAUAUCACCAUAGUGGUAGUUGACUUACAGAAUCAAGCUCAAUAGCCAAAUUCAAUACUACAAA